UCCCCUCGUUUUUCCGUGUCCUUUGGCUUCGCGCAGCCUCACAUGUUUUCGGUUGCGCGGCGGAAAAUGCGAGGCCCUAGAUGCUCUGAAGCUUUCCGCUGGUCAGGUAGCAUCCAACUACCACCAACUGCCUGCAGACUUUCAGUGCUGGACGAAACCCGGCGCCACUUGCUGUGGAAAUCGAGGACGCGCGAGUGGAUGGAGAUGAAUUACUUGCUGGGCGGCUUUGUGGAGCGGCACCUGCCGAGCCUGAGCAUGCAGGAGCUGCAGCAGUUGGACCGCCUGCUGCUGCGGAAGGAGGAACCAGUCGUCAUGCUAGGAGGCUGUGUACACUGCCAACUUCAGGACUACGAGAUUUUCCCAUGGCUCUCGGGCCGUGCGCCUGUGCCCUCGGAUCUGCCAGAGAAGGAGGUGAUGAUUUUACUAUUGAGAUACAUCAACUCCGACCAUCCAUCGCUGAAGGCUUUGCAUCCAAGCGUGGAAUAGAACAAAA